AUGUAAUAAUUUUUUAUUAAUGAGCUUCAAAAGAAACCACUUCCAGAUAUUUUGAUGAUACAAUUUAUUUAAACUAUUUAGUUUCCUGAUUAAAUUGAAUAAAUAAAUUUAAGUCAAAUUGAGUAAUAUUUACAAUAAUUAUCAAUUUUAAUCUAAGAAAAAAAUGAUUAAAAAUGUUGGAUUUAUUUUGGAUUACUAUUGAGAUAAAUGUUAAAUUAAAGAAAUUAAAUGAGCAUAGAAUAAUAUAAUAGAUUUGCUAUAAAUACUUUUGUUUUAAUUAUUCAAAUAUUGAACAUUCAUAUUACUUCUGAAUAUAUUGAAAACAUUUUAACAGCAUAUUAUGAAUUCAUAGAUAGAGUAGAUGAUCAAUUUUGGAUAUUUUUAGCAUGGUAAUUUAGAAAUGCUUCAAAUAAUAUUAAUCAAUUAGAGUUAUUAAAACACUUAGUAAUUUCGUAAACAUAAAGAAAUGAAUUUUUGGACAUAUUAAUUUUAAAGAUUAAAAUUGAAAUUGAAAAACCAAUUACUAAUAUUAAAAUUCAUAAAGUUAUUGUAUCCUCAUUAUAAGUUGUCUUAGAAAGAAACCCAUAUUAAAUAAUAUCAUCAAAUUUAUUAAAUUAUAUGACUACAAUUUUAGCAAGUGAUAUAAUUCAUAAAGAAUCAAUUAAAUCUUUUUAUUAUGUUAUUGGAUUAAUAGGUUCUUUUUUUGAGCAUUAACAUUUAGUAUAAUGUGAUUCUAAGGAAUAUGAAUAAUUUACACAAUAUUUAUUUUAAUAUUUGUUAAAUUAAAUUGAACAAAUUAAUUGGUAAAUUUAUAAUCAUUAAAGUAUAAAUAAAGAUAAUUAAAAGGAAAACUUUAAAUUAUUAACAAAAUUAUGUUAAAAUCAUUAUUCUCUCAGAUUAUUUAAAAAUAAUAAAGAAAAACUUUUACACUUAAUUUAUACAUAAUUAUCUAAUUAUAUUGAAUUAUAUAAUCAAGUUUAAAAUGAGGAUACUCCUAAUGAAUUAAUAGAUUUAAUUAGUAAAUAAGAAAGUGAUACUUAUUUGUGUUCAAUAGUCAGAUUAUUUGUGGCUAUGUGUUCCUAUGUUCGAUAAUUUACAUAUACUGGAUAUCUACUUUGUGCUUAAGUUUUAAAUACAAUUUUUUAAGUAGAAUUACAAUAAAUAAAUAUUUUAAAGAAUUAAGUAGCAUUUUAUUAUGAUCCUCAAGAAAUCAAUAAUAUAAAUUAAAUUAUUAAAGUAAAUUAAACAUUACCUAUCACACAAUUAUAAACAUCAUUAAUUUUACUUACUUCUAUGAAAAUAUUUAUUGUUGAUUAGGAAUUCACUCUAAAAAAAUUAGAAAACUUAUUAAGGAUUCAUUUAAAUAAUCUAACUUCCUAAAUUGGUAAUCCUAGUUUCAAAAUUAUAUUUAUGCUUUUCUUAUAAAAAUAUUAAAAAAAAAUAUUUAAAUAAGAAUAAGAUGAAGAAUUUAAUCUUUAAUAUUUAAAAUAUAUUUUAUAAUAAAUUACAACUGAAAAUAUUGAAACUGCAACUGCUAUUACAGUUUUUUAAAUGAUAACAAAAUCAUCAUCUAAUUAUACUCUAUUAGAGAAUACUAUACAACACAUAAAUCCAUAUAUAUAGAAUAUCAUUUCUAAAACAACAGAUAUCGAUUUUUUUGAAUCACUUAUAAAUUUAGCAAAAGUUCAUAAAGCAUUUUUUUAUAAUUAUUCUGAAAGUUACUUGAUUAUUUUAUAAUAAAGAAUAAUUAUUGAAAUAAACAAUCAAAAUAAUCAUGCUGUUAUAAAGAUGUUAUAAACAUUUAGAAUAAUUUAUAAAAUAUGGCCAUAAGAAGAAACCUAUAAUUCUUAAUUGGAUGUUUGGAAAUUAAUAUCAUAUUUACCUUAAUCAAAAAGAAAUUCAUUUGAUGAAGAACUUGUUGAAAUUUCAAAGAUUUUUCUUAAAUAUUAUUGUAAGAAUUUUAAUCUAAUAUAAUUUUAGAAGAUAAAAUACAAUAUGAAUUUGUUUUACAAUUUGUCAUCUAUUAAUUAAAAAUUUAUAUAUCACAAGCUCCCUAUAUUAAAUUUUUAGCAGCUUUAAAUAAGGAAUAAUGUCAAUUUAUAGCCGAUGAAAUGCCAUAAUUAAUGUAUGAUGUAAUUAUUUUGAGUUUUUAAAAUAGAUAUUCAUAAUUUGUUUGAAAUGUAUAGAAAUGAAUUAUUUAAUCAAAAAGAUAAGAAAAAUUUGUAGAAGUAUAUCUUUGUAUACAGAUUUAUUUUUUAAAUAAGAAUUUUAAAUUCUUAUAUAAAAUCAUAUUGAAUAAACUUAAAAUUAAAGUUAAUCUACUUUUUUAAUUUGUUAUUUAUGUAUGAGUAAUUAAUAAGAAACUGAAAAAUAUCAUGAUUAUUUAGUAAAUCGAAUUUUAGAAAUAUAAGAACGUGAUGUAACUUUAUAAAAUUAAUCUGAUAUUUUUGAUUGUUGUUAUGCAUUAAUAAAAUUAUAUGAAUACACUUUAGAGAAUUUUGGAAAAGCUCAAUAUCAAUACAAUCAAAAUAUCUUUUUUAAAUUAAUAGAUCUUUUGCACUCCUGUUUAUUACUUGAUGACAAAGAAAGUGAAUAAAAAAAUAUCACUUUAAAUGAAGUUUAUGAAUUAUUUUAAUAAAUGGUUUUUAAAAUUUAAUCAAAAAUACUACCCAAAUAUUUGGAUGGAUAAUAUGAAUAUGAAUUUAAAUUGCAAUAAUUAAUGUAAGCAAAAGCAUAAUUUGGGUUAAUAAAUACAAUAUACAAACAAUUUAAAAAAUGA